UAGACACUUCCAUGGCCACGUUCAAAACCACUCAAAAUGAAAAAUCUCUCUCUAUGAAAAAAACCCGAAUUGAUAAAACCAAUUGAAGAAGAGAAGAAGAAGAAGAAGAAGAAUGGCUUUUCUUCUACCAAACCUCUCUUCUUCUCUUCUCCUCAACUCCAAAUCCUCAGCUUCAAGAGAAAGAGAGAAAUCCAUCACUUCCCAAAACCAAAUCCAAAUCCAAAACCAAACACUUCCUUCUCAUUUUCAAUCAACAACAGCCACUUCUUCAACCAUAUCAACAACUAAAACAAAACCCUCUAGUACCAACACCUCCCUCUUUCCUCCCCCACCACAGGGUGCGCAGAUUAAGACCGCACCACGUCCGCAGGAUGAGCAGGAGCCCCAAAGAGGUGACUUCUAUGUCAACCUUGGCCUAGCUGUACGUACACUCCGUGAGGAUUUACCUUUGUUGUUCACCAAGGAUCUUAAUUAUGAUAUUUACAGGGAUGAUAUUACUUUUCUUGACCCUUUGAAUAAAUUCACUGGCAUUGAGAAGUACAAAUUAAUCUUUUGGGCGUUGAGAUUUCAUGGGAAGAUGUUAUUUAGAGAGAUUUCACUUGAGGUUUAUCGGAUUUGGCAGCCCUCAGAGAAUGUAAUAUUGAUUAGGUGGAACUUAAAGGGUGUGCCAAGGGUUCCUUGGGAGGCGAAAGGACAAUUUCAGGGCACAUCAAGGUAUAAAUUGGACAGAAAUGGCAAAAUUUAUGAGCAUAAAGUGGAUAAUUUGGCCUUUAAUUUCCCUCAGCCGCUUAAACCAGCUGCUUCUGUAUUAGAUUUGGUGGCUGCUUGUCCAGCUAGUCCUAAUCCUACAUUUUUGUUUGGAAAUGGGGAUGUUUACUCAUCGUCAUGGGUGGAGUUUUAUCGUGCGGUUAGAGAGACUUUGGAUCAAGAAGGUUAUCAAUUACUGCUGCAAGAUGGUUUUGUUACUUGCUCAUAGUUCAUGAACAAUUUGAAACAUUAUGUAUAUGGAGAAUUUUGAUUUUUUAAAUAUGUAUUAGUAUUGAAUUAUGCAAUGAACUGUAUAUCCAAGGAUUCCAACUAUUGGGUUUGGUAAAAGACCUAGGUACAUAGGCAAAGAUUCUGAAAGACUCCAAUGCACCUUUGGUGUUAGUGGGUAGAGAACAAGUAGCUAAACAUAUUUGUUAAGCACAUAUAGGAUCUGAUAUGUAUGCAUACUAAAUCUUCAGUUAUCACUUCAAUAAUAGAGCUUUUCUUUUUCUCUUGCAA